CCUCUCACUACCGCCUCCCUUACUGUCACCGCAACCCCUCUCACCACCGCCCCCCUUCCCGUCAUCAAUGAGGACGGUGCUUUGGAGUGCUUUUGCUCGGUCGUAAUCGUUUGCUUCAUACUAGCUAUUCUUCGAUACAAGUCGUCCCUGUGGGACUUGUACGUAGAAUGAUAUAGGUGGUUUUAGUUCAUAUGUCCCAUCAUGAACUUUGUCUUUGAAUAGGUCGCGUAGGGAAAAACUAUCUGAAAAGAGAGAAGUAUUUCGAGCGGCUGGCCGAGCAGCGAUAGGGGUUGUUAGCUGUCAUGGAUGUCCUGCAUAACAGCUCUCAAAGCUCGGACCACCGACUUUAAACUCUCUCACUCAUCUCCCCUCUCUUCUGUUCUCAUGCCCGAGCUAGGUAGAACAGAAUCCAUCCCAACAAUGGACCGACUCCAGCGACUCCUCUGGAAGAAAGAAAACCGAAACUGCCAGCACUGCCGCGGUCUACAGGAUGGCCAACACCGAAUCCCGGCCGCUGCGCUCAUCCACGGCGCGGAAACGGGCUGCCCGGCAUGCCACCUGCUGUAUGAGUCGAUCAGUCCGGCGGAUCUUGCGGAUCAGAGGAUUACAUUGGUACAUGUGAGGUUGUUUGGUGAUUCGCAGGUUUGCCAUACUUUUGAUCCGGGGUCGGAGGAUAUGUCGCGUAAGCUGUGUGCGGAAGAGGGUUUCAGUAAAGGAGGAUGGGUGUCUGGUCCUGAGUAUCCCACGACAGCAUUUUAUCCCCCGGUUGAGCGCGCGGUGGAGCUGUUCACUCUUGAAGGGGCCCCUUCCCCUUGGCCAAAAAUCAGAACCGCGAGAACCAUUCUAGCCACUGCAAAUACCGAUGAAUUCCACAACCUCAUCCGUGGCUGGCUAAGACAGUGCGAAACACAACACCCUGGCUGCAAGGACUAUCAUCCCUCAAUCCUACCCGAUCGUGUUGUAUUCGUCGGCGAGGGAAGAGAUCCGUACCUCGUCGAGCCUCCCAAAGGCACUAGGGAAGAUUAUAUUGCCCUCAGUCACCGAUGGGGCGGCCAGGUAUCAUUGCAGCUGAAGACUGCCAACCUCGAUGACUUUAAGAAAGGCAUCCCCUUCUCGAGCUUCCCAAAGACAUUCCAGGAUGCUAUUACUGUGUGUCGUAAUCUGUCGAUAAAAUAUAUAUGGAUCGACUCCAUUUGCAUUAUACAAGACUCGAAGGACGACUGGGACAUCCAGGGGUCAAAGAUGGACCAAGUCUAUUCCCACUGUCGUCUUACCAUCGCAGCCGAUGCAGCCGAGAACGGAGACUCUGGGUUCCUAGAAACACCCGAAAGGCGAGACUUCCACAAGGCAACAAGAAAGAUAUCCUGUACCAGCCCAGCCGGCCAAAAAGGCGAAAUCUUCGUCAGACCAUGGCGACAAUACGGCAGCAUCGGCGGCUUCGGGCGCCACUACAAUGGUUGGGAACCCGACUCUCUCCAACCCCCCCAACGCCUAAAACAAGAAGGCAGCUACCUCCUCCGUCGCGGCUGGGUCCUCCAAGAAACAUUCCUCCCCGUCCGAGUUCUCCACUUCCUCCCCGACGAGGUAACAUUCAAAUGCACCGUUUCCUCCCGCUGCGAAUGCCAGAUCCCCCUCCACGCCUCCGUCGCGCAUAGACCCCUUGAUCUUGAAGAGCCGCGCGAAAUCACGCCCAGAGAUUUGAAGGAGUUUUGGCGCGAGGUUAUUGAACAGUAUACCCAGCGUGAAUUUACGUUCCAUUCGGACAGGCUGGCUGCUAUGGCGGGUUUGGCCAGCCAUGUCCACGUCAGACGCCCGGAUAUAGAGUACUACGCUGGACUCUGGUCUGAUGAGUUACCCUCCACACUUCUAUGGAUCGUUGAUCGCGAAAUAAACUUCGGCAGGCUGUGGGGAAAUGAAAGUCACCGCAAUACCCCGGGCGUAGCUCCCACCUGGUCAUGGGGUAGUGUGACUGGGCGCGUGACAUUCUUGUUCUGGCACCUGAGUUAUGGGCGCGGAAAGUGGGCUGAGAGUGAGCCGGAUUUGACGGAUGUGAAGGUGACGUGCACGCCGGCAGGGAGGAAUAGGUACGGGAGUGUCAAGGAUGCGGAGUUGACGGCUGAGGGGUAUCUUUGUGAUGUCAGGGUUUGGUUGACGGGGGGGUCGGAGUGGCAUUUUCCUUUUAGGAUGGAAACCCAAAAGGCUGAUGGGACGGUGGAGAAGACGAAUGGGUUUUUAUAUCCGGAUACGGAGGAGGUUUUGGGGGGGUUGCAGGCCGGGAGGAAGGUUGGAGUGGAGAUGGCUGUGGUUGGUGUUUAUGAGUCGAGGAUGUUUCUUGUGUUGAGGGAGGUUGGGGUGGGUAAGUUGGUUUUUGAGAGGAUAGGGGUGAUUCACUGCAAUAUACUCGAUCGGGUGGUUUUGAAAGAGUGGGGACGGAAGGAGCGGUUUACGAUUGUUUGAGCCGGUAUGGAAGGUUAUGAACGAGAGACAAAGCCCAGUCGGGCUAGACUUCGAUUUUACGACGCAAGCUGGUCUAUGUCUUCUUUUCGGAUAAUCAAUUUCUCUAUAAAGGUAUCUAGGUAUCUAGGUGGAAACGAUGCAUUCAUC